AUACUUUCUUUGAACUUGUCAACAAGAUGUCGUUGUUUUCCACUCCUGCUUUAAACAACUAUGUAUCUAGCGCUACAACCUUUAUAAAGAAAUCGAUAGAGACGAAAGUGUUUGAUGAUGGUGGGUCAAAGGGUGCCUUUAUCGGUAUGAAUGCACCGUUGAUUGGACGUUAUGGUAUAACGAUCAGUUCAGGUGGUACAAUCAAUCUUGGCCGUUUCAAAGAUCCACGUGCAACACUUCGUGAUGCUCGUGAUAACAAAGUGGUUGUACCACCGGAUUAUGGUAAUACGGCAAACAAGCCUAUACCAGCCACAAGAGGUGGUGAUGUAUCCUCCGCAUCAUUAUCGUAUGACCAGUUAAAAAAACAGCUGCUUCAAAGUGGUAAAUUAUUUGAAGAUCCGGAGUUCCCACCUAAUGAUAAAAGUUUAUACUUCAGUCAAAGACCGCCAAAACAAAUUGAAUGGUUACGUCCGCAUGAAAUAUGUCCAAAUCCUGAAUUUAUUACUGGCGGUGCAUCACGAUUUGAUGUACGUCAAGGUGAAUUAGGUGAUUGUUGGCUAUUAGCUGCUAUUGCUUGUUUAUCAAUGAAUCAGAAAUUAUUUGAACAAAUUGUAGCAAUUGAUCAAAGUUUUACUAAAGAAUAUUGUGGUUUAUUUCGUUUUCAUUUUUGGAAUUAUGGUGAAUGGAAAGAGGUUGUUAUAGAUGAUCGUUUACCAACUUAUCAUAAAUCAUUAGUUUAUAUACAUUCAACUGAUACAAAUGAAUUUUGGUCUGCCUUAUUAGAAAAAGCUUAUGCAAAAUUAUGCGGUUCAUAUGAAGCACUUAAAGGUGGUACAACUAGUGAAGCAUUAGAAGAUUUUACUGGUGGAAUUGCUGAAAUGUUUGAUUUGAAAAAAGAUACACCACCAAAUUUAUUACAAGUUAUGCUAAAAAGUCAAGAGUUAGGUUCAUUGAUGGCAUGUUCCAUUCAAGCUGAUCCAAAUAAAUAUGAAGCUCGAUUACCAAAUGGAUUGAUUAUGGGACAUGCUUAUUCAGUUACAUCUGUGAAAAUGUUAGACAUAUCAAUUCCAAACAAAACUGGUAAGAUACCACUAGUUCGUGUACGUAAUCCAUGGGGUGAUGAAUCUGAAUGGAAAGGUGCAUGGAGUGAUAAAUCAAAAGAAUGGUCACUUAUUUCACCAGAACAACGACAACAACUUGGUUUAACAUUCGAUGAUGAUGGUGAAUUUUGGAUGUCUUAUCAAGAUUUUGUAUCGAAUUUUGAAAAACUUGAGAUAUGUCAUCUUGGACCACAAUCUAUGGGAGAAAUGGGAGGAAAUCGUGUUUGGGAAAUGUGUAUUGAAGAAGGUUGUUGGCAGCGGCGUGUAUCUGCCGGUGGAUGUCGUAAUUUUCUUGAAACAUUUUGGAUCAAUCCACAAUAUGUAGUAACUGUUGAAGAUCCAGAUGAUGAUGAUAAUGAAAAUAAAGGUACAUUAAUUGUUGGUUUAAUGCAAAAGAAUAGACGAAAAAUGAGACGUGAAGGUGCUGAUCUAUUAACUAUUGGUUAUUCUGUUUAUAAAUUACCUGAACAGCAUCAAGGUACACUGGAUAUGAAAUUUUUCAAAUACAAUGCAUCAGUUGCACGUUCACCAGCGUUUAUUAAUCUACGUGAAGUUUGUGGACGACAUAGAUUAGAUACAGGACGUUAUGCAAUUAUUCCGUCAACAUUUCAACCAAAUGAAGAGGCUGAUUUUAUGCUACGUAUAUUCUCAGAAAAACCACGUACAACUCAUGAACUAGAUGAAGAGAUUGGUGAAACUGAACCGACAGUAAGUAAUACAAUUUUCUAUUAAAAUCAUACUGGAUUGUACAGUUUUUGUUGUUGUUGUUGUUGUUGUAAAACAGGUUUGUUUUUAGUACGUAUUGACGAAAUUUAUUAUUCGUAAUUUUAAUACUUGAGGUCAUGAGUCAGUUGAAGCUAGAUCAUCAUGGAAAACCUGAAAGCUAUGGUUGGGUGUUUCGUCCUAUUGUGGGACUCCUCAGCAGUGCGCAUCCAUAAUCCUGUCUCGUGAGGUUCGAAUGAACUGAUGCAUUGUUAAUUAUAUUUUGCUUGUUUAUUGAACUGUCUGCAAAUAAUUCACACGAGACAUUAAUAAUAAUGAUUGACUAAUAUUGAAAAUGUAUGCAAUUCGUAUGUAUUCGCAUAUUGUAGUGUAAAAGUAAUGAGAGGUGGAGGUCGUAAGCGAAUUCCUGGUUGGAGCCCCCUGUGAUCUUCCAAACAAUGAAAAAACAAUUAACUUAAUAAUAUCUUACAACUAUUUACAGUUUUCGAAUGAAUGUUUGUUUAGACAUCCGGUUAACAGUUCUAGCUUAUACAAUUCAGAUUCGUUUCAGUUUACUUGUGCAUGAUGUAAGACCAACUAGGAAUACAACGGGAAGCUGUUUAUUGAUGAUAAAGAUGACGAUUCUAUUGUAGUUGAAUAUUCGACUAUGUUUUAAACGAUAUAAAUGUCUCUGACCAAAGAGUUUUCAUGUGCUUAAGUUGAACAGGAAAUGUUUACAUCUUACGUUUAACUGAAAACCAUCACUUUCGCGAUAGGAUUUCCAGUGAAAUAGUUUUCACUACGUCUAAAACGGAUCAAUUAUCGGGUUUUAUAUGAUACUAAAAACAAUGAAUAAAAGUAAUGAGUUUAGAAAUAGUAUGAACCGAUAUCCAAAUUGUUUGUAUGUAAUUCAUACACUGGUGUAUGCUACUGAUAUCGACAAAUAUAUGUAGUAUGUGUCAUCAGUUGAAAGUGAAAUGCCUGGCGGUAGAAAGUUAAUAAGAUUGAAGAAAAGAGACUAACAACAGUGAAUGAUUGGUGUAGAAAUGAAGGAACAAGGAAGUUUGAGACAAUUGAUUGACAUUUUACAAAUGAAGUAUUUACUAUAUGGUUCUCAGAUUUUACAGAGAUGUUCUGUAAGUUUGGUGUUGAAAUACAUUCGAUUGUCCCUACUUGUGUUCUUGUUCACUAAAAUACAACACUCUUGAUGUUUUGAUUAUUCCAUUUUGAUAUGGUAAAGAGAUUGUCAAGUAACAAGUGAAUGUCUCUGAGCUCCGUCCGAAUACACAGCUACUGAUUUGUUUAUUCUUUUGAUUUGAUCAUAAGUUCAAUUCUAUUUUGAAUAGUAACUCGAAUGAUUUCAUUUAAUCCACUGGUUAAUUAUGAUCAUUACCUCAAAGACAAGUAACUAAUUCUAUAUACUAUCAGUUGGAAUACACUUUGAAGGUUGAAUGUUUGCAUAUUGUAAUGCACGUAAAAUUAACUGAUGUUACACAUGGAUCGUUGUCAUUCUUAGUAUUCUUUUCUCCCAUUUAGAAACCAAUCAUGUUAACUUGACAAAAUAAUAGACGCUAUAUGAUUAAGAAUUUGAUGUGUUUAAGCUAUGUAGGUUCAAAUCUUGCAAAGUUGAAAUCAUGGAUAUCCACUGCUGAUGAGUCUCACACUAGGACGAAACGGUCGUUCAGUGCUUUCAAGUUUUCCAUGAUGGUCUAGGUUCAAUGGACUCAUGAAUUCAACUAUAAAAUUACUAUGCAGAUUUGUUUGUAAUAUUCGUUUUUAAGACAAUUGCCUGAG